AUGUGCCUGCCACUUGCGAAGAAGACGGCAGAGGAGGUGCUCAGCCAUCCGCCCAUGGACGUCUCUGUGCUCCACUUGUGGCUGGUGGGACGCAUUCGCCGUCUCGAGCGGGAUAUUGAUGUCAGCACCGAGGUUCUCUCCAAGUGCCUAGAAGUGACGAGGGGUGCCCAGCUUGAGCAGGCAAUGCCUCAGCUGCGCGACUUCGCCCUCUAUGAUCAGGCGUGGAACCACGCCACAUCGAUGCGUUGGAAAGACUGCAUCUCUUGUCACUCGCUCCUUGAGGAAAGGUCAGCGUGGUCGAAGAUGUUCUACGCGUACGUGCAGGGCUGCUGCUACGAGAUGGUUGCUCUCGAGGCCGCCAAUGGGGACGAAGAAGCAGCGCUGGAGUGCGGUGAAGAGGCAACCCGGGCAUUCUGGCGGGCCGCGCACUACGGUGUGACGCGCAGAGCGGGCAGAGCAGUCGCGAUAGAGAAAUUUGUCGCCACCAGGCUAAAUGAAAUAUUCCAUCAAGGCGGCGUGGGGCAUCCCAAUCCAGGUAACAAGAAAAAUGUUGCCGCCGAUGCGUCUUGGCCGCCGAAAGGAGCUGUGCUGCGCAACACGGUGCCGCUGGCUAUGCUGGAGCUCUUUGUUCUGUUUGACGUACUGCACCAACUUUCAGACUCCUCCCUGGAGGCCUUGCUGAGGAUUCUCGAUCAGGUAUUGGGAGAGGACGCCGUAAGUCUUUCCAGCUCACUGGCACGCAACAUGGAGAAUGAGGACGGAAGUCACUGCUCCAUGGUGACUACUGUCUCACUGGACAACUGCAAGGUUGCCGUGCUGACGUCUAUCAAAGCGAUCAUGUUUUGCCAGAUGAGCGGGAGGCGGGAUGAUGCACGUGUUUUGCUGAAGAAGGCUUUGCCCCUGGCACGCGGCUUCAAGGGACGCAGCACCACUGUUUCAUGGAUGACGCCGCAGAUGCUGUACGAAGAGGCAUGCUUGGCGUUUUUUGACGGAGAUCUGGGGCAGUGUAGCAAGGUCUUGGAUAAGGUCCAGAACAUCAAUGAACACAAUAUUUAUUCGCCUGUGAUGGAAUCAAAGGUACACUUUGCAAAGUAUGCCGUGCGGACUGCGGCUGCAGCGGCUCGAGAAUGA